GCGUUCCGUUGCCCGGGCGGGCUACCUGUGUCGAAUUUGGCGCACCAAUUACGAUAGGAGAUGACGUGUGGAUCGGAGGUCGUGUUGUGGUCCUCCCAGGAGUCACCAUCGGGUCAGGCUGCAUUAUAGGAGGUGGCAGUGUUGUUACCAAGGAUAUCCCUCCGCACACGAUCGCGGCUGGCAAUCCAUGUAGACCUAUCAAGGCGGCCCCUAUGGAGCCUACCGAUGAAGAGAAGGAAUUUUUCAAGAAGUAUGGGAUACCGUACGACUCGCGAAGUCCUUGCGUUCACUAG